UUCGAUUUUGAAAUUAACCAUGCACCGUUUAAGCUCAACGGGCUUGAUACAACCAGCCCCUGGUGUCGGUUUCAAAACGUCAGCAUAAAACUAAUGCUCGUUGGCAACAAUAUGCUUUGAUAAUACGUAUAAAACUGCCUAUUUGUUUUUAUUCUAGAAUAAAGAGCUUUUAUGCACAUUGUAAAUUCUCUAACACACUGGCAUGCAAAGAGUUGUACCAUAUAAUUAUCGUGUCGUAUAGGAAAAUACAAACUCAUUUGGAUAGCAACUGCAUCAGUUAUUCCGUUUUGUGGUAUUUUAGCGGAAGCCCAGGCCCUAGCUGGAAACAAAAUGUCUUUAUUUUCUAUAGUUUUGGGUCGUUUGAAGACCAAAAGAAUGAUAACCGAAGAUUUAUUUAUUUAACUUGUUUUUCAAUUCGAAUUUAUUUUAUUCAAGAUGACGAUAUUCAUCGCUCUACAACUGAUUACAAUAAUCGCAAUAGAGUUCACCGCUGGCAUGGAAGGUACAGUACCGGUAGAGACUUGCAAGUUCCUAUCUUACGACUUCAUACAUGUGUUUAAUGAUUCAGCGCAUGACAUUACCGCCGACAAAAUCAGCCCAAACAAAGAAACGCUUAGUAGUUUGAGAAAGUUCAUCGUCACCGCCAAGAGACGAUGUUCAAUUUCUCUCACUAACAUCACCCAUCAUGAAGAGAGGCUUAGGCAAUUCACCAGAAUCACGGAAAGAACUCAACUCCUGGUUUCCGCAGAUAAAAACAUCACAAGCGCUACAGACAGAUUAACGGAGCUGAAACUUUGUGUGGAUGAGUUAAUUAAUGGAAUUAGCGCGAAUUCACUGCAGCUCAAUAUGUCGGGGGGUUUCAAGGCGGGUGUAAAUGGAGGAGCUCUGGGAAAUGUGGUGGAAAAUUCCUGUUGUCAUGUCGUAUACGGUUUUCCAUCUGGCAAAAACAAAUGCUGUAGACCUGGUUUCGUCGAGAAGGAUGGUUACUGCGCUUGCCCAAAAGGAAGUUUUCUGAAUAAAAGUCGAUGUGACGUCUGUCCAGAAGACACGUAUCAACCAAAAACAAUGAGCAUUGGAUGUCUGUCGUGUCCAGAUGGAAAAAUAACUUAUGGAGGAACUGGAGCUGACAGUCUUUGGUCUUGCUUGCAAGCUUGCGCGCCUGGCCAGCGAUACAAUUCUACGUCAGAAAGAUGUGAAGCAUGUGCUAAGAACACCUACCAACCACUGGUGGGGCAACGUUUUUGUGCCACUUGUCCAAACAAUACAGUCACGAAAAGUACUGGAAGCACGAAACAAGAGGAUUGUGUCCAAUCUUGCCCAGUGGGUACCUCUUACAACUUCGUGAGUAAGAACUGCAAGCUUUGUCCAAAGAACACUUUUCAACCAGGGGAAGGACAGUUCAAAUGUAUAUCAUGCGAAUCAGAUAGGAUUACCACAUCCAAUGGAUCAAAGAUUCAGACGGACUGCAUAAAAAAUUGUUCAGCUGGAACAGCGUACCAUUUUACAAGCAAAACCUGCGUGGACUGUCCGUUGAACACUUUUCAGCCAUUCUCUGGUAAAACAGCGUGUGUGCAAUGCCCAGUGGGGACGAUUACCCUGAAUACUUCAACUGUCAGGAAAGAAGGUUGUUUAAUAGCUACCGUACCGGUAGAGACCUGCAAGUUCCUAUCUUACGACUUCAUACAUGUGUUUAAUGAUUCAGCGCAUGACAUUACCGCCGACAAAAUCAGCCCAAACAAAGAGACGCUUAGUAGUUUGAGAAAGUUCGUCACCGCCAAGAGACGAUGUUCAAUUUCUCUCACUAACAUCACCCAUGAUGAAGAGAGGUUUAGGCAAUUCACCAGAAUCACGGAAAGAACUCAACUCCUGGUUUCGGUAGAUAAAAACAUCACAAAUGCUACAGACAGAUUAACGGAGCUGAAACUUUGUGUGAAUGAGUUGAUUAAAGGAAUUAACGCGAAUUCACUGCAGCUCAAUGUGUCGGGGAGUUUAAAGGCGGGUAUAAAUGGAGGAGGCCCGGGAAACGUGGUGAAAAAGUACUGUUGUCAUGUCGUAUACGGUUUUCCAGCUGGCAAAAACCAAUGCUGUAGACCUGGUUUCGUCGAGAAGGAUGGUUACUGCGCUUGCCCAAAAGGAAGUUUUCUGAAUAAAAGUCGAUGUGACGUCUGUCCAGAAGACACGUAUCAACCAAAAACAAUGAGCAUUGGAUGCCUGUCGUGUCCAGAUGGAAAAAUAACUUAUGGAAAAACUGGAGCUGACAAUCUUUCGUUUUGCUUGCAAGCUUGUUCGCCUGGCCAGCGAUACAAUUCUACGUCAGAAAGAUGUGAAGCAUGUGCUAAGAACACUUACCAACCACUGGUGGGGCAACGUUUUUGUGCUAAUUGUCCAAACAAUACAGUCACAAAAAGUACUGGAAGCACGAAACAAGAGGAUUGUGUCCAAUCUUGCCCAGUGGGUACCUCUUACAGCUUCGUGAGUAAGAACUGCAAGCUUUGUCCAAAGAACACUUUUCAACCAGGGGAAGGACAGUUCAAAUGUAUAUCAUGCGAAUUAGAUAGGAUUACCACAUCCAAUGGAUCAAAGAUUCAGACGGACUGCAUAAAAAGAUGUCAUCACAGGAUAGAAAAUGCUUCCAGCGGUUCGUUCGGAUCUUAUCCAGCACCAGUCACCGAAAUGGAUCCUCGUUCGCAAUACUGCUCGUGGCUAAUUACGACACAUGUAACAUCCGUUAUUACCUUAAGUUUCAGUGAAAUGACUAUACUCAGCUGUGAUGAUACAUUUCUAAGAAUCUACGAUGGUGCUAACGAGAAAGCCCCAUUGAUGGGCACAUAUUGUGGAUCAAAUGCAAGCACACAAGUCGAGAUGACAUCAUCUACAAAUAGUUUAUACGUUGUGGCAAAUACAGGAAAGACUGGAAGACGAGAUUUUUCUUUUGGAGCUCGUUAUAGCGAGAGUUUUAAAGAUUCAGUGAACGAAGACCGUUCGCGUAGUUUAAGCAUACUCAUAAUUAUAUUGUCGAUCGGGGGUUUUGUGCUGGUUGUUAUCAUCGUCAUAAUUGUCGUGCUGGUGAGGAAAAAACGGAGGAAUGCAGAACCAAAGUCAGUUGUAGCUCCUGUCAAUAUUGCACUGGAGAGAGUUGAAAAUUCAGAGGUUGAUCAGGAACCAGUACGUUCAGAUGAUGAAGCAGCAUCUGAAGCACAGGGCCAAACAUCGCCAGAAAAUUUAACUUCAACUGAAAAUUAUAGCGCUUACGUGAUCCCCCUACAACCCGAACCGUCAUAUGCUGUACCAGCAGAUGAGAACACGGGACCAUACGAAGAUAUUUACGUGAUUUCCUCCGAAACAAACUUGCCUGUUUACACGCAGCUGGAUGCUUGCGAACGAGAUACGGAAAAUUAUUAUCAAAAGUUGGUUCAUUUCGUAUGAACUCGAAAAGGCGUUUAUCAUUUCCUUGAGGAAAACGAAGAAAUUCUGAUUUUGCCGCUGAGGCUCGUUUCAGAUGUCGAACUGUGCCGAAUUCAUAGGCGUACGGGACAGGGGGGACACUUGCCCCCCCCAAAAUUUCGAGAUUAAAAUAUUUCGGGCAAAGUUCAAGGGAAAAUUCGGGCAAUCUGAAAAAGAGUUACAGAGGUAAAAUUUUUAGAACCAAAGUUUGUAAUAUAUAUCACAUAAUUAUGUGUACUCUAUUACUCUAUUUGGCCAUUUUUGUUA